AUGGCGGGUACGCCCCGCGCCACCUUCACCUUCCUCUCAACCUCCACGAUUCUAAUCCCACUCGCCACACCUCACAGAUUUCGCCUAAAACCACUUCUUGCUUCCACUACUUCCACUCCAUUCCCACCAAAACACAUAAAGAGAAAAAACCACUUGCGUCUCAAAAUCCUCAAAACCCUAACUAAACCCUUGAUUACCGCACCCCUACCCCUAAUAGAAAGAACCCCACUCCAGAACGACACCGUUUACGACACCCCUUUAAAGGAAGUUCUAUCAAACGAAGAAUUAGACGCUGAUAAAGUUGAAGAAUUUCAAGUCUCAGAGACUGUUAGCACAGCAGGAGAAUACAGUGGCAACGCUGGUAAAUUCUCUGUGAAGUCUGUCUUGAAAUUUAGUGGUUAUUUUAUUGGGGUUUUGUUGUUUCAAACAAUUUGUGUUGUUUGGUUAUUUGGAAAUACUGAUUCUGAUGGAAAAGAAAGGAAAUUUAAUAAUUUGGACAAGAAAGGGAAUGUUUUGUUGGAUGUUAAUGGAAAUGAUGUUUAUGCUAAUGAGAGUGAAUUGGAAGAGAAAAUCAAUGAAAUUAAGGUAAUGGCGAGGGAAGUGAGAGAGAGGGAGAGGAGGGAGUUAAUUGAGGGUAAUAAAGGGAGUGAGCUUGAGAAGGAGAUUGAUGUGAUUAAGUUGGAGAAGAGGUUGAAUUCGAAGAGAGAGAAGUUACCAGAUUCCAUUAUGGAGUAUUUGGGGUUGUUUGGGGAUGGGUUUGGUGAGGAUGGUUUGGAUUUGAAAGAGGAAAAUAAGACUUUAAUGUUUAAAAAGAAGUUUAGGUUUAAGAGUCCAUCAAUGGAUGUGAGGAGUACUCCAAAGGGCUUUUCGGAUUUGAAGGAUAAAAGUGUUUCUAGUAGAAGUGGCAGUGAUCCAAAUGGUGUGUUUAGAAAAAAUGAUGUGGGGUCUGUGAAAAAGGAUAGUGGAAGGAAAGAUGGGAAUGUGCAGUUGAAUUCGGUGCAAAAUAAGGGGAACAAGUUGGAGAAAGAAAGGGUGAAUUUGCUAAAGGAAAUGGGAUCUGGUGCUGUCCAGGAGACCAGGAAAGGAAGGUCUUCAAAUGAAGUUCCAAAGGCAGGAAAAUCAAGAGUUUUGGAGACCCUGAAUUCUGAAAGCUUGACCAAAGAAGACCAGGGAACUACCAUAAAGUUUGACAGACCUGCUGCAUUGAGUAGAAAUGGCGGCAGAGGUCCUGGAAAGAGACAAGUGGCUAAUAAAGUUGGGGAUAAACAAUCAGACGUGCAGAAAGAUUUGUGGUGGUUGAAUCUUCCGUAUGUUCUAGCUAUACUUAUGCGUAGAGGCUCAGAACAUGAAGAAUCUGGUGGACUUUAUUCUCUAAGAGUGGCUUCUCAGGAAGAUGAGCACAGGGACUUUUCUUACACUGUUGCUUUUGAGGACCGUGCCGAUGCCAAUAAUUUCUGUUAUUUACUCGAGUCCUUCUUUGAAGGUUUAGGUGACUUCAGUGCUGACAUUGUUCCACUGCAAGUAAAAGAACUUCACGAGGCAGUGAAGUCACAUUCCAAGAAAGUAAUUGUUGUGAAGAAAGGCCAGCUUAAGCUCUAUGUUGGACAACCAUUUUCUGAGGUGGAAAUCGCUUUUGGAAGCAACUUUCGAUCUGCGAACACAAUUCAUAUGAGAAGUUCCCUUUCGGAGUUUAUGACUUUGCAUGCUUAUGAAAAGUUACUGGUUGGACUUGAGGACUUUGGACGCUACUGGUCCUCUAAAUCUCUGGAUGCACUCUUACCACGAAAUUACACUGGCAAUUCAAACCAGAAAUUUCCAGCCUGGAAUGACUUCGUUCUUGUGGGCACUAAAUCAGUGUAG